AAUUAUAAAUUAAAAAAAAAAGGGUUUGGGUUGGGUAGAGUAAACCAGUGAAUGAGAAGAAUAUACCCAGCAGAAGACCGGCUUCGGAGGAGAGGAUCGGCACGAAUAUCGGUUCUUCUAUUCCAUCGCGAAUUAAACCGGUUCAGUUAGCUCUAUUUGACCGCCGAAACCGGAUCCAUUCAAAACCAACCCAAUCCAACACCCUUUUCUCUCCUUAACCCUAACCGGUCCAUCUCAUCGGUUCUCUUCUCCUACCUAAUCCCCAUAUAUCCUUCAUAGAACCAAAAAACUCGAUUCAACAAACCGGUGGUUGUAUUGAACUUGAAGCGAUUAUUGUGAAAAUGGAUAAUCUUGAACCGGUACCAAUUUCAUCACAAAAACAUGAUCCAGCAUGGAAGCAUUGUCAGUUGUUUAAGAAUGGUGAAAAAGUGCAACUAAAAUGCAUAUAUUGUCUCAAGUUUUUUAAAGGUGGUGGGAUUCAUAGGUUUAAGGAACAUCUUGCUUGUCAGAAAGGGAAUGCAUCAAUGUGCAGCAGUGUUCCUGCUGAUGUUAGGCAACUUAUGCAGCAGAGUUUGGAUGGUGUUGUGGUGAAAAAGAGGAAGAGACAGAAAAUUGAGGAUGAGAUUAUGAAUGUUAAUCCUUUAGCUACUGUUUUGAAUGGUGGUGGUUCAAAUCAGAUGGAUGUCAAUCUUGGGGGGCAGUCUUUUGGAGUUCAUGAUUCGGCGGAACAAAAUUUGGGUCAGUUGUUGCAUACUCCUGGUGAUGGAAUGAGUAAAAAUGUGGAAAGAAGGAAGAAGAUUAGAGCUACUAAGAAUAAUAAUAAUAAUAAUAAUAAUAAUUAUGCAGCAGCAGCAUCGGUUUAUACAACAAACUCUGAGCCUGAGCCUGUUGUUGCCCCCAUGGAGAAAAGUGCAUUUUUCCCUAAAAAGGUGGACAAUCGCAUUCAUAUGGCAAUAGGUCGGUUUUUGUAUGAUAUUGGUGCGCCUUUUGAUGCUGUGAAUUCGGUCUAUUUUGAUCAAAUGGUUGAAGCAAUUGCUUCUGGGGGCUCAGAUUUUCAACGUCCCUCGCAUCAUGAACUUCGGGGUUGGGUCCUGAAAAAUUCCGUGGAAGAUGUGAAGAAUGAAAUAGAUAGAUGUAAGAUGACAUGGGGGAGGACUGGCUGUUCCAUUUUGGUUGACCAAUGGACUACAGAAGCUGGUAGAAUACUGAUAAGUUUUUUGGCUUAUUGUCCUGAAGGUGUAGUCUUUCUGAAAUCCUUGGAUGCGACCGAGAUAAUGACUUCAGCGGAAUUUUUACAUGAGGUGAUAAAACAAGUAGUAGAGGAAGUUGGAGUAGCUCAAGUUGUGCAAGUGAUUACAUCAGGCGAAGAACAGUAUGCUGUUGCUGGGAAAAGGCUGACUGAUACUUACCCUAGUCUUUAUUGGAGCCCUUCUGCGGCUCAUUGCAUUGAUUUAAUACUUGAAGAUUUUGGAAAUCUUGAGUGGAUUAGUGCGGUAAUUGAACAAGCUAAAUCUAUAACAAGAUUUGUCUACAAUUACAGUGCAAUUUUGAAUAUGGUCAGAAGGUAUACUUUAGGGAAUGAUAUUGUGGAUCCCUCUUUCUCACGCUUCGCGACAAACUUUACCACGUUGAAACGAAUGGUUGAUCUUAAACACAAUUUACAGUCCAUGGUUACUUCUCAGGAAUGGAUGGAUUGCCCAUAUUCAAAGAAAACAGCAGGUUUAGAAAUGUUAGAUACCCUAAGUAAUCAAGACUUUUGGUCACAGUGCGAUUUGAUUGUUCGCCUGACACAUCCUCUCUUGAGAAUCCUGCGAAUAGCUUCCAGCGAGAUGAGACCUGCAAUGGGAUACACUUAUGCUGGAAUGUACCGAGCAAAAGAAGCGAUUAAAAAAGCACUUAUAAAGAGGGAGGAUUAUAUGGUGUACUGGAAUAUUAUACAUCAAAGAUGGGAAAGGCUGUGGCAUCAUCCUCUUCAUGCUUCAGGCUUCUUUCUUAAUCCGAAGUUCUUCUAUAGCAUUCAAGGGGAUGUACACAAUGAGAUUCUCUCAGGGAUCUUUGACUGCAUAGAGAGAUUGGUACCUGAUACAAGAGUCCAAGAUAAAAUUAUCAAAGAGUUAAACUUGUACAAGUCUGCUGCAGGAGACUUUGGGAGAAAGAUGGCAAUCAGAGCCAGAGAUAAUCUUCUUCCUUCUGAAUGGUGGUCAACAUAUGGGGGAGGCUGCCCUAACUUGUCACGCUUAGCAAUUCGAAUUCUUAGCCAAACAUCAAGUGUGAUGUUCUGCAAGAGAAAUCAAGUUCCUUUUGAACAGAUAAUCAAUACAAGGAAUUGUAUAGAGCGCCAACAUCUUACCGAUCUUGUCUUUGUUCAUUACAACUUACGACUGAGACAAAUGUUUACGAGUAAAGAACAAGAAUCUAAUGAUCCCUUGUCAUUCGACAACAUUUAUAAUGUUGAAGACUGGGUCAGGCCAAGGGAUUUAUACUUCGAAGAGUACGGGAACUCAGAUUGGAUGGCACUAGAUUCAUAUUCCAUUAACACAAUGCUUUUAAGGCCUUUAAAUAAUGAACCUGAAGAAAUGUGUGAAGGGUUUGAUGAUCAAGAAAUUUUCAUGAGUCUGAAAGAUGGUGAGGAUGAGCAUAUCGGAGUCAAGUUUGGAAAUCAUUAGCAAAUGAUGAAAAGAACCAUUUGCUGAUAGCUUCCGAUUGUAGUAUCGGCAUGUAUCGAGUGUUUCUUCAAAAUACCGGUUGGCAUGAAUAUUAAUGUUAAAAUUAGAGGGAAACUAGAGAGGAGUUUACUGGAUAGGUGAGAGAAAUUAAGUUAUCGUUGAUGUAUUAGUUGGCAUGAUUUGCAUUGUUCUUGUACAGUAUUUGACUGUUUUGUAGUGUUUCUUACAAUACAGUUUACAACUUUUGGAAA